AUGGCGAUUUUGAGAAGGAAUCGAUACCAGCAGUGUUUGCUGUGUUUUGUUUUGUUUAUUCAACUAUCAGGUGUUUUUUGUUUCAGUGAGCUCUCCUUCAUCACAGAACCCAGUGAUGUUGUAGUAACAACCAGGGAUCCGGUGACCCUGGACUGUGUGGCCCACGGACAGCCUCCCAUCACCAUCAGAUGGCUGAGGAAUGGAGUCCGGGUAGAGGAGAGCAAACGACUACAAAUCCUGUCCAACGGAUCACUGUACAUACCUGAGGUCAGGGGAGAUGGAGAGGAGUCAGACAAAGGUUUCUAUCAAUGUCUCUCUCAGAAUAGAUAUGGAGCCAUAUUAAGCCAAAGAUCCCGACUGACUAUCACAAAUAUCUCACCGUUCGUGGUGCAUCCUGUGCUUUUGGAGGUGACUGAGAGUUCCGUGGCCAGGUUCACCUGUCAGGUGACCUCUAACCCUCCUGCCAGCGUGACCUGGGAGCUAGACCAAAGCACACUACCGCUGGAGACAGACAGAAUCACAGUCCUGCCCAACGGAGUUCUUCAGAUCCACAACGUCCAGCUAGAGGAUGCUGGGAAGUACCGCUGUGUGGCCACCAAUAUCGGCAACCGCGUCAACAGCAGCGAGGCAACGCUGUCCGUUAUCAAACCAGGUGUUGGCCCUAAGCCCCGUCAGAUGCCCCGGAUCGUAGCGGGCCCCCAGAAUGUGACGGUGUCCCUCCACCACACUGUGGUUCUGGAGUGUAUCGCUACGGGCAACCCCAGACCCAUCAUAUCCUGGAGCCGAGCCGACAGUAAACCCAUUGACGUGUACAAUGCCAGGGUGCUGGGCAGUGGGAACCUCUUGAUCAGUAAUGUGAAGCCUCAGCACAAUGGAGUCUACAUCUGUAGAGCCUCCACACCAGGAACUCGUAACUACACCAACGCUGCUGCCAACCUCACCGUGCUCGAGCCUCCGUCCAUGGUGGAGAGGCCAGAGAGCCAGACUCGUCCCAGGGCUGGCACUGCCCGUUUCAUGUGCCAGGCUCAGGGUGUGCCGCCACCUCGCAUCACCUGGCUGAAAAAUGGAGAGGAGGUGCACCUGAACGGCAGGAUCAAGAUGUACAACAGUAAACUGGUGAUCACUCAGAUCAUCCCGGAGGAUGAUGCCAUCUACCAGUGUGUGGCGGAGAACGAGCAGGGCAGCGUUCUGUCCCUGGCACGCCUCAUCGUGGUGAUGUCUGAGGAUCGGCCCAGCGCGCCCAGGAACAUCCACGCUGAAACCAUCUCCUCCUCAGCCAUCCUACUGGCCUGGGAGAGACCCAUCUACAACGCUGACAAAGUCAUUGCUUACUCUGUACACUACAUGAAAGCUGAGGGACUAAACAAUGAGGAGUAUCAGGCAGUGAUUGGCAACGACACGACCAGCUACAUCAUAGAUGACUUGGAGCCAGCCUGGAACUACUCUUUCUACAUUGUGGCCUAUAUGCCAAUGGGAGCGAGCCGUAUGUCUGACCAAGUCUGUCAACACACUCUGGAGGACGUGCCCCUACGUACCCCGGAGCUCAGUCUGACCAGCCACAGCCCUACAGACAUCCAGGUGUCGUGGCAACCCCUGUCCACCAAACUGUCCCGUGGUAACAUCUGGGCCUACCGACUCUCCUACCGCACGGCCACAGACGCCACGGUUUUGUCUGUGGAACUGGCCCAGAACAACACCCAGUACCUCCUCGGUGACCUUCAACCUGAUACCAUCUACCUUCUCCGGAUCUCUGCAGCCACCAGGGUGGGGUGGUGUGAACCCUCCUCCUGGACCUCCCACCGCACUCCCAAAACCUCCAGUAAUAAAGUGCCACCUGCCCCACUGCUGCAGCAACUGGAGCCUCUCAACUGCACCUCCAUCUUGGUUCGAUGGCAGCCAUCUCCAGGCUCCGUGGUCGUCCAGGGUUACCGGCUCUGUUACCAUGAGGAGGGCCAACCAGAACAGCCCUCCAUCCAGCUCCAGCCUGAGGACACAGAAUACACCAUCAGUGGCCUGGACCCAAGGAGGAAAUACCAUGUGAAACUGUUGGCAUUAAGCCUUGUAGGAGAUGGUUACCAGGCCGACCAGACUCUCAGCACCCCAGGAUGUGUCCCGGUGGCCUCCCCUCCAGCCCCGGACCAUGUGAGUGCGGUGGCCAACAGCUCGUCGACGGUGUACCUGCGUUGGAGCCGUCCUGCCUUCGCCUCUAGGAAGGCUGUCAGCUACACAGCUCGCUGCACACCUGUGGGCCUGAUGAACGCAUCAGCCAUACGCUACAUACAGACUGCCAACCAGAGUGUGCUGAUACAGAGCCUGGACUCCAACACUCGCGCUAUGACAGGUAAACAAACCUCUUAUUGUCAACUGGCUAGUCCCUGGAGCGUGGUUGUCCUUCAGAGGACUCUACCAGCAGCGCCCAGCCACCCUCCUGAAGGUGUGAGGGUGAGUCUGAUUGAGGACGGCACAGCCCUGGUUUCCUGGAGAGAACCAGAGGAAAACAACCUGGCAGUGACGCACUACACCAUCCUGUACGCCUCACAGAGGGCCCGGCUGGUCGGAUACUGGCAGACACUGCAGAGGGAGGGAAGUAACACCAUGGCCCUGCUGGAGCGUCUGGAGCCUGGUAACAUCUACCUGGUGAAGAUCUCUGCCUCCAACCAGGUGGGAGACGGGCCCUUCUCUACUACUGUGGAGCUGGCCCUGGGGCCUGGGUCUAGACACCGAGGAAGAGCCCCAGGCACUCAGGCAGUGGCUCCUCCUCAGACACCGCAGGUUAUGUUCUCUGACGGCCUGUACCACACGGAGCAGAAUUCCAUGACCGGGAUCAUCGUGGGGGUCUGCAUCGCUCUGGCCUGUAUAGUGAUGUGUACCAUCAUCCUCAUCAGCAAAGGCAGAUCCAGGAAAUCUUCCAUCUGUAAGAUCAUGGACGUAGUGAACGGUGAGGGAACCCAUGGUCCACAUACUGGUUUGUCCCUGGCCAAUGACCACCAGGCUGAGAACAUAGAGGCCCUGAUGCCCAUGAUGGCACCACACUUCAUUGAUGCCAAGGGUGGGACAAACCUGGUGAUCACAGGAGCCAACCGCAGUGAGAGAUGGCACUUUUUUAAGAGGGAGAGAUACAAUAGAAAUACAAGCCAGGCUGAGAACAGAGCAUGUCUGUACGAGGCAGGGAAGACCGUUCUGUGUUACGAGGAGAAGGAAGGUGCGCCCCCCCUCCAGCCCUCCAGCCUGCAUAUCCUGUUCGGGCCACUAGGGGGCUUGGAGAGCUCCGGGGGUUUCAGUGAGGGAAACAGCUCUGGAACUACUGAGACCAGCGACGGAAGUCAGGAGACAGGAGACUCUGGUCACUACUCCAACGAAGAGAUAAGCAAUGAGAUGAGCAACCCGUCCACCGCCACCUCAGGCCGUAACUCCAGGCCUCCGUCCUUCGGGUCGGAGUUGGAUGACAGCCCAGAGAAGGAAGAAGAAGAAAAGCCUAGUUUUAAAGUGGAAUCUGAGGUGACGCCACCAAGACCUCCCUACCGUCUCCAUCAUGGUCUCCACCAGCCUGGUCAUGACACUGUCCAGCAUCCCUGUUCCCUCUCGGCUGAGGAAGCUGUUUAUCCUGCCCAGGCCACCGUCCAGCAUCCCUGUUCCCUCUCGGCUGAGGAAGCUGUUUAUCCUGCCCAGGCCACCGUCCAGCAUCCCUGUUCCCUCUCGGCUGAGGAAGCUGUUUAUCCUGCCCAGGCCACCGUCCAGUCAACAGGCUCGUCCUGGUGA